CUGUAUCAAUGCUUAUCGAGUGGGCCUUUGGAGAAGAGCUGCUUGAAGGUACCAACGGCACAGAGCUUUGUGUUAGGACAGUGUGAACGAAUCCGCACUUUUUCAGGAUGUUCACUCACAGUUUGUUACUAUUGCUGCUGGCCGGUGGGCUUUUGAAUCUUGCCGCGGAAAUUGGCUAUUACGAAGGUGGAACAAUCUUCUGGGAAGCCCGAAACCCUGAUAAUCCCCUCGAGAUUACGGUUAAUUUUGAGUUCAAGUUCGAUGCAAGUAAGAAAUCCUACACCCAUAACCAGUGUACACAGGAGGCUAUUGACACACACAAGAAACUUCGGACGGGUGGUUCAUUCCAAAUUGAAUCCGAUUUUACCGGUGCCGAUUAUUACUGCACACACUUAAAAGAUGGUAUUGCCACGGGUGUUUAUACCUUGACGCACAUGAUGCCGGAAGAAGAAGCCACUGCGGAAAUAAAUUACGAGGAAUGUUGCUGGAUUCCAUCCAUCUUAAAUAACGCCCAAAUCAUCAGAAGUGGGAAAGGCUGGAAUCUUGUUUCAAAAAUCAACACCAAGCACAAGGAUGGCGUUUCUAUCAAUUCCCCACCUCAAAGCAAAGCCUUCACCGUGUUUUCCAUAAUGUCAGGCUGCACAUACCGAAUUCAUAUUGCAAACGUUGAUGCCAACGACGACAUUGUGAAGUGCAGGUGGGCUUCGGAAAUGAGGGAAGAAUGUAACGAAAAUGCUGGUGAUCUUUGUGGACAACCAUACUUCGAUGCAGCUAAAUCUAAACCACUUGCAACUUGGGAUCAGGGAGCAUGUGAACUGGUGUUUGGAGAAGGAGACCCAAUCCCCUCUGGUUCCUACGCUUUGAUGGUUAUGUUAGAGGACUACGCCAGCGUUGAGUCCAAGGAACCGAUGAGUAAGACACCUUUGCAUUUGCUAAUUGAUGUAUUCCGUUACGAUGGAGAGUGCAGAAAGCCGGACCUGAACGUUCCAAGGUUGUGUUUUUACCUGGUACUUGGACAAGAGUUCAGGAGGAGAAUGGUUGCAACAGCUACAUCUUCAAAUUACAGAAUUACCAGCAUUAAGGUAGACGACUACUCAACCGACACACCAACACGUGUCCCCGGAACUACCUCUGAUUAUGAGAUCGUGUUUAGAUUUACCCCAACGCAAGAGAAGACUUACAUCAUCUGUGCCGUGGCUGUAGAAGAGGAAAGAUUCGUAAGCUCACAGUCCUGUUGCAGCGUAACGGUUGUUCGAACAGAACCGGAGGCAUUACGAGUGGAUAAAAUCAACUCCAUCCCAGCUGAAAACUCCCAAGAAGCUGAAGCAAUCGUACCGAAUUGGGCCAUCAAAUUCAACAGAGAGAUUCAACAAGGAGUGUUCAGCCCGGCUUAUGUGACCCUGCGUGAUUCUAGCAACGCCUUGAUCUGGCGUGUGGAUGCCACUGGCCCCGAUGCUGUCGUUGUCAACGGUGACACCCUUACUUUCCCAAACAGCCACGAGGUGUUUCUUGAUUUCAAAACCGAGUACACCAUUUCCCUUGAUGAAGGAGUCGUACAGAGUGCUGAAGGGCAAGCCCAGCGCAAGUGCACAGUGAAAUCCAAACCUGCAGAGUGGAGCUUUGUCCCCAAACAACCGGAGCAAAAAGUACCACGACUUACGUGCAGCGUGUCUUCCAUGAAUAUGCUCAUUCCCACGGAUGAGGUGGACCUCGGGGGCCAUGGUCCAGAGAUAAUGCAUCUGCGUGACCCACGCUGUAGAGGAAGCAGGCACAACGACACCUACCACCGCAUGUGGACAUCUUAUGGCAUGUGUGGAACAACUUUCCAGCGAAACGGUACGGAUUACACGUACAGUAACAUUAUAUACAUCCCAGAAAAGCCCUACAGCCCUGCAGGGACUGAAGUCACUCGGGCUCCCCACAAGGAAAUCCGUUUCUCCUGCAACAUCCCUGCCAAGACUAUCAAGACCCUGCCGUACAAUCCCAGUCUUCCGAUCAUUGAGUACCAAGUGUUCAACGGCAGAGCGAACUUCUUGGAUGCUCUGACGGAUAAUUCGCUGAAACUCUUCGAUGCAAGUUACAGUCAACCCUACAAAGAGACCUCAUCACAUCCACUCGAUGUGACGUUUGACACGAGGCUUUACUUUCAGGGAAAAGCUAGGUGUUCUGGUGGCCGUAACUGUCACGCCUCCUUCGAGUCAUGCUGGGCCACAACUUCCGAAAAUCCCUAUAGCUGGCCACGUCAUGAAUUGAUUAAUGAGUGGUGCGAAGCCGAUGAGACAUUACAACUUCACGAGUCAGAUGUUUCUAACAAGGUCCGCUUCUCUGUUGGUGCAUUUGCUUUCCUUGGCUGGCGCAUCCAUGACACGGUGUACGUCCACUGCAAUUUAUUCGUCUGCUAUCCCGUUGAAGAUUCCUCCGAAUGUACAAGAGUGUGUCAGACCUCGACAAUCACUGGAAGGGAAAGCCGACGUGAUUUCGUGUCAGUAGUCUCCUCUCCAGGACUGUUCUGGCAGAAGUAAUAUGGCCAGUUUCACGAUCAGGUUUGGCCAAGUCUGAAGCCUGAACCUGAAAAAGACAACCGAUUUCCGAUUAUUGUUUGCGUUUGAAAGUAGAUGUAAGUUUUGCAUGAAGUUCAAAUGAGUAACGGUGUCAGGGUUUUCACUGCAACCGAUAUAUUUGAAUUUAUCGUAGUUCGUAGUAAUGCUUGUAUGUAGAUUCUUUUUCAUCGGUAAAAGUAUGUUUCUCUGUUGAAUUUAAUUGAAGUGGUGGUCUCAGUUCAUCAAAUUUGCAUAGGAAACAUGUGGAAACAUUAAACAAUGUUCGGUUUUUCACAUGCAAUCUGGAAACUAAGGAUGUUUUGUUGUUAUUAUAUAAGGUAAAUUGAAACUUCGUGUGUGUAAACCACGGUGUUCUCGUUUGCUGAGUAUAUGCCGAGGAGAGUCUAAUGCUGUAUAUCAAGGUUAUGAAGCCCCUUUUAUCCUUGCAACGAACCCUAUCGGUUUGCCAACCACAGGUUAUGAUUUAGAUAAAACUUAGCGGAAUGGUAGCUGAUAAAUUAAUGAAAAUGUUACGUAUGGCAAACAUGCGAAAUGUAGGCCUUAAGUCCAAUAAACAGGUUGAGACAUGGUAAGUUAAAUUUUAUUUCUAUUUAGUCCAUUUAUAAUGCUUUAAAUCAUUUAAAGAAGUUGUUGAAUGUGUUUGUGUUUUUUCCAUAUUCAGUUGCAUUUUGAUAUUUGUUGAAAAAACCUUACCUAAUAUUAGUGAUAAUACAGCACACCUGAUUGCAUUUGUUGUCGACGUUGUUGACUCAAACUUUUAAUAAUUACACUUAAGGUGUUUGAAGAUGUUCCUUGGUUAAGCUUAUAGUAAGGGGUAUAAUUAUAGCAUGGAUCACUAUAAUUGUCUUUGCAUGUAUUGUUCAGAAAUAAACUUAUUGCAUUCACUUUG